AUGUUGCAACUGGUGCUACCGAGAAGAAUGGGUAGAGACAUUGCAUCUAUGUUGGGAGGCACGAAAGUGGCCAAACCGAAAACUGCUAAGCGAGAGGUUUCUAAAAAUGCCGGUUUGGCUGCGCUGUCGUUUCCAGCAAGGUGGAGAGUGGAGGGUUCCCACUGUAUCACCAACUUUCCAGAGAAGAAGGCGUUUGGAGAGUAUGUCAAGGACCAAGGCCAGGACGUGAAAAAACUUAAGUUGGCGUGUUUUGAUCUAGACGGGACGCUUGUAAAAACACGGUCAGGUUCGUCAUUUGCACGUUCACCUGGCGAUUGGGUGUGGUUUACUGAUAAGGCUAAACAGAGUGUUGCUGAGCAGGUCAGCAAGGGUUACUUGUUAGUGAUUUUCACGAACCAGGGCGGGGUUGUGGCUUCAGAGGGACUGCCGUCAAAGUCGUAUACGAAUCUUAAGGAGAGGGUUAACCAGGUGGUUACGUCGUUAGGGAAGGAUGUACCGUAUCCACUUGUGGUGGCAGCACCUAAAAGGCCUAAAGCGAAGCAGAAGAUCGUCAGCAGCGAAGAAGAGCACCAGCAUAUGCGUAAACCAGGCCUUGGAAUGUGGGAAAAGGUUGAAGAGUACUUGGAGGAGGUUUUUGAUGGAGGUGCUAUAGAUAAGCAAGAGUCAUUCUACGUGGGAGAUGCAGCAGGAAGGGAAUUGGACUUUCUGGAUUCCGAUAAGGCGUUUGCAGAGGCCGUGAAGGUCAAGUUUUACACUCCCGAAGAGUUCUUUCAGUGA